ACUUUGUUUCUGCUCACAGACUGACUGGUGUGAAACAUUCAAGACUGACAAUGAGCAGGAACUUCUUGUCCAAAAAUGAUGAGCUCCGCAGAGGAGACUUCCUGGUGUCCAACAACAAGGAAUAUAAGGCCAUUUUUCAGGACGACGGUAACUUUGUCAUCUACGCCUGGAGGCCUGUGUGGGCUUCAGACACUGCAGGAUCAGACGCUGUGCGCCUGUGCAUGCAGGGUGACUCCAACCUGGUCAUGUACAACAAGAGUGACACACCUAGGUGGCACACAAACUCUGCCAGAGGCAGUUGCAAUACGUGCCGCCUUCAACUUACUGAUGACGGCAAACUGGUGGUGAGCAAAGAGUGCGAAGAAAUCUGGAGCUCUGCAGCGUCCAAAGGCAUGAAGUGAUGCUGCUGAAGUCAUACCUGAAACCAUUUCAGGUAUCACUUCACUUUAAGUUUCAUGUAAACCUUCGGCUGUGGUGAUGAAACCGUUGUUUACAGUGCAUAACCCAGUUAUUGUGACUGAAAUAAAAGUACAUUCCAAGCAAA